AUGCCGUCAGCCGCAAGAAGGAAGAAGAACAAGGAGCGCGUGGCUGCGCGAGACAUGGUCGCCAAAACCCUGCAGCAGAAGUAUCCAGCAUGGGCAGCCGACAAUGUGCAAACCGUCGACGCGGGACUUGAGGAUGCACCAGUCAAGCAUCGCACCGACACGAGCCCAGACCUGUGGAGUGACCUCCUGCUUGUGGCACCCCAGCCGUGCUCGCCCACCGACGCCAUAUUGUUCACUCAAAUCUCGCAGCGUCUGGCUCUGGACUGCCAAGCUAUCUUCGAUCCCACCACUUCAUGCAUACUUGUGCGGCACAAAGAGUCGGACGUCGAACAGAUCACCAAUCUCUUCCAGAAGAUUAUCGACAACGAGAUCUCCGCCCAUGGCGAUACUCCCUCACAGGAUACUCCACAAUUCGAAUCCGCCUCCGAUGGGGAGGAAGGCAACGACUUUUCCUUCUGGUGA